CCUGUCUAUCUGACCGCCUUUCUGUCUGUCUGUCUCUACAUAUGCUUGCCUGCAUGCCUGUCUUUCUUUCUGCCUGUCCUGCGUUCUUCCUGUAUUGUCCUCUGUGUCUGUCUGUUACUCCAUCUGUCUUUCUGUUUCUAUUUGUCUGCAUCUGUAUCUCUGUUUAUCUGUCUGUCUGUCUCGACCGUCCGAGGCAGGCUUCCCUUGAAAGUGAGAAAGUUCUUCUGUUUCAUCUGUUGGCUGUGUAACUGAAGGGGUUUCCCUGCUAGCGUCAGGUGAAGGAAAGACCUAUAGUUCGCCAACUUGCUUAGAUCGUGAUCUUUAAUUUACGCUCAUCUCUUAUUUAUAUACUCAAGUCAUGUGAUGUGGUGGCAUGUGAUAGUGAUAGGCUAGUUUAGUGUUGGGUUUGUCCUUGUUUAUCUGAAACCUUAUUUUAUUGACGAGGCACGCAACUCAGCAAAACUGUUAGAUAUCCAUUCAGAUGAGGCCCUCAAAGAAGAUAGACGGAUGAGUCAAGCUUAUACUAAAACAAAUACAAGACGUCCUGUCUGCUAGGUUGGCUAAUGCUACUGCGUAACAUAGCAUGAGUGAUUGGUGUUAUAAGCAGCAGAAGGGAAGUGCUGCUGGGUGGCGUCAUGUCUGUGUUGAGCAAGGGGGGAGCUGGUCCCAGGAACCCUUUAGCACACACCCACUGGAUUCUAAAUAAACUGGCCUGAUAGACCUUAUUCACCUAGAGGCCUGCCCGGCUCCAUCUUGGCUAUAAACGCUAGCUGGGUUGGCGGAACUGAAUGCGGAGCUCCACAUUUGCUACCCCAACCCGGAUAGCGUUGAGAACCAAGAUGGCCUCCUUGUCAAUAUGGCCUAAUUCAACCAAACAUUCAAGGCACUUUCUUGAUGACCUCGAUGACUUGCAGGCAUUCAUUUAAACUAAACACUGCUACCAGAGGCAGUGUGUGGCUGCUUGUGGUCACACAAGGACCUGUCUAGGGGUGAUGUCAUUUUGGAAAAGACAUCUGCUCCAUGUUCUUUGGAUGGAUAAUUACUCAAUUAUGCAUUGUGAUGAAGACCGUUUAGGAAAGUGUAAAACAAAAUAAGUGAUAGAUGGGAAAGAUAGAAGAGAAACAUCCUUCGACAGAUAGGAAUGAUGUUUGAAUGGGAUAUUCGUGAUAAUCUUUCAAUCGUAAAUAAUGGGUUCCUGUCUCCUAUCUUUUCAUUGGAGUGAAUGGUAUUUUAGUAAUAUAUUUGGACCCCAACCCUAACUGGAAGUAUAAGGGGCUUACCAAAUGUUAUCUAGCACUUACAUGUAGCUACUCCAGUAAAGCAGGUGUCACUUUCCUUCCCUGUAAUAUGUCCGUAUCAGGACAUAUUAUGUUCAGGACCCUACUUUUUUUUUUUAACAGACUAUUUUUGAAAUAGCAUGCUGCAGCAUUAGCUGAUGUCACACCCAAAUGGCUCUAAUUAUUUUUGCUUUGCGGCAGAAGGGCAGUAUAUUUGUCAUUCGGCGUUUGGACAAACCAGUUAGUAAUGACUAACUGACGCCAGAGUUAAUUAGUUCAUAUCAUUAGGUAAUAACAACAACUCUAAUUACCUUAUAAUUAUUUUAGAUCAUUUAACACACCCAAUACUUUUCCGUCACUCAGACUGAAAACUUAAACCAGAACACAUUUAUUUUCAAAAUAAUUUAUCAGGACAAAUGAAGCCUGCUUUUAACCUGAGUUUAACAUGAUUGUGACCUUGGACUUGUUUACACGUAUCCUCACUUUCUAUUUUAUCUAGUUCCUGAUUCUUAGUAGAGAAACACGUUAAUUGUGGAAAAAUAACAUUAAGCUCUUGCUUUACAUGUUGCCCUUGAAUUGUUCUUUGCAUUAGUGCGAUAGCAUGAGGUUAGAUAAUUUAUAAGCAUUCAAUGAGUUACAAGAAUUGGAGUGGUUCAUCAGGCUGAAUAAGUUAGCGCUACAUGGGUCUUGAGCAUAAGAGUGGUUGUAUAAAGCUAGAUCGGUUAGCGUUCUGGGUCACGAGCAGUAGCCUCAUUGGUCAGUGGAGGUGGUAUGAGAGCUGUGGGUCGAUAUGCCCUCUAUGGGUGGCUGAUGAGAGGGUCCAUAGUGAAGGUGUCUGGCUCCGAGCCCAGACAUGCCAUGUGGGCUUCAGAUGGUCGGGAAGAAUGAGAGGAGAAGGGAGCAGACUUACUCUUCCCUGCUGUGAAUGGUAGCUGGAACGGCAUUCUUGCUCAGUUACUCUUUCUCCAGAUCCUCCUCUAUUUGCCCCUUUUUAUUUUCACACUUUCUGCAUUUCUUGUAUUUAUCUUUUCCCUCCGUCUUUUCUUUCUUUUCUUUAUUCAGCGAUAAGAUUCUUUACUUUACAAAACAUACAAACAAAAAAAAUAUCUGUUUUUCCAAACCUAACCAAGAUCUGCUGAGGCUUCUUUUUUCUCUCCUCUUUCUGUUUUCUCAGGAUGUGAAAUGAGACAAGCGUUACCGUCAGAGUGACUGAUCUAGGCUAAUAAAAUCUCCAGAUGCCAGCAGUUGUCAUCAGUCAGUCAGGCUCAGUCACUAAGUCACACUGGAUCUGGUUGGCUCCCGACCGCAGCAGCAGCGCCACUUAAUCAACGCCACUAUAUACUUUUCAGCGUUUCGCCAACUCCCGAGGACCUUGUUGCGGUUAAAGUCACCGUCGCCUCUGGGAGUGAAGAAAGUUCCCUCUUGUCUCGGCACUUAAGUUGUUGUUUUUCUCCGUGCCGCGUGUCUCUCUGCCGCCCCUGGCUCGCCUCUCCUGGCCCUCCUCUCCCCAGCGCUUGUCGUGGGAAAGACUGAAAUUACAUCGCUCUCAUGGUGGACUAUUUUCAGCUCCCAGGGAGAGUGGCAGAGGGCAAGCGACAGGUUCUCUAGUCUCGUGGUGCUCAGAAGAGCAGGAGCGUCUCUCUCUCAGUGCGCACAUCUGAAACCGUCCGCGGGAGGCUUGUUGUCGUCCUCUUUUUCUUUUUUUAAACCGCACUAGCGCUUUGGCGAUUCGACGGGCCGAGGUGUGGAAGAAUGCUGUGCGCCACAUCGCCAGAUCAGGAGCCCGAUGACAACACAUCCUUCUACAUCCACGAUGUGGGCCAGCCACAGUCCAUGGUUAGCAGCCACCAGUCUGUGGGCCUGCCCCAUUCAGCCGUCUCAAACCACCAGUCUAUGGGUCUGCCACGCCAUAGCAUGCAGGCUUACUCCCAGCUUAUCAACACGUCACCACGCCUGCAGCCACACAAACAGGCCUGCGAGUCCCACAGCUACGACGGUCUACACGAGCCCAAGUACAGCACAUCUCCCCUGCUACCCCACACCCCCACGGGCCCUCCCAAGGCCUUUGAGUGUCCCAGCAUCCAGAUCACCUCCAUCUCGCCCAGCUGUCAGCAGGGGAUGGGCGCCAGUCAGGAGGACCUCAGGGCCAACGGCCCCGAAGGGGACUACCACGGGGAGCGACCUCUCUCCAGGGACCACCUGUACCUGCCCCUGGAUCACGCGUACCGGGACUCAUCGCUCAGCCCCAGCCCUUGCAGCAGCAUCUCCUCCAGGAGCUGGUUCUCUGACGCCUCUUCCUGCGAGUCCUUCUCCCACAUCAACGACGACGUGGAACACGAGCUGAACGAGGCGGCCGCCCGCUUCACCCUGAGCUCGCCGCUCACCUCCCCGGGGGCCGGCUCCCCCCAGACAUGGGGGUUGCCCCAGGACGACCAGGGGCCAUGGCAGCAGCAGCAGCAGCAGCAGCAGCAGCAGCAGCAGCAGCAGCAGCACCACCACCCCGCCUUCAUCCACUCCCACUCCCUCACCCUCUCGCCACGGGGGUCCCCGUGCCACUCCCCGCGCACCAGCGUCACCGAUGAGAACUGGCUCAGCCCGCGGCCGCCCUCCCGCCCCUCCUCGCGGCCCACCUCGCCGUGCGGCAAGAGGCGCCACUCCAGCGCAGACAUCUGCUUCCAGGGCUCGCUGUCCCCGCACCACUCGCCCACCCCCACGCCGGGGCCCUCGCCCAGGGGCAGCGUGACCGAGGACACCUGGGGUGGAAGCCCCCAGGCCGGCAUGUCGCCCUUCCAGUUCUGUCCCUCCGAGGCCGACAUACCCUCCAAGACCAGGAAGACCUCCCAGGACAGGACGGUCAUGCAGGGGGACAUGGGUCUGGACGAGCAGGGGAGUAUGUCCCCACACCUGGACUCCCCGUCAGACGAGGGUCUGCACGGCAUGAAGAAGGACGCCGCCGGCGAGCAGUUCCUCUCCGUGCCCUCCCAUUUCACGUGGAACAAACCCAAACCCGGUCACACGCCUAUAUUCAGGACCUCGUCCCUGCCCCCUCUCGACUGGCCGCUCCCCAGCCAGUUUGGCCAGUAUGAGUUAAAAAUAGAGGUGCACCCCAAGGCUCAUCACCGGGCCCACUACGAAACAGAGGGCAGCCGAGGAGCCGUCAAAGCAACUUCCGGGGGCCAUCCUAUCGUCAAGCUCAUUGGCUACAGUGAGAAGCCCAUCAACCUUCAGAUGUUCAUCGGCACAGCGGAUGACCGCUACCUCCGGCCGCACGCCUUCUACCAGGUGCACCGGAUCACCGGCAAGACGGUGGCCACAGCCAGCCAGGAGAUCGUCAUCACCAGCACCAAAGUCCUUGAGAUCCCACUCCUACCGGAGAACAACAUGACGGCCAGUAUCGACUGCGCCGGCAUCCUCAAGCUCCGCAACUCGGACAUCGAGCUGCGGAAGGGGGAGACGGACAUCGGCAGGAAGAACACGCGGGUCCGGGUGGUGUUCCGGGUGCACAUCCCCCAGCCCAACGGGAAGGUGCUGUCGCUGCAGGCCUCCUCCAUCCCUGUGGAGUGCUCCCAGCGCUCGGCUCAGGAGCUGCCCCAGGUGGAGAAGUCCAGCCCGACCAGCUGCCUGGUCAGCGGGGGAGAGGAGAUGGUCAUCUCCGGCUCCAACUUCUUCCCCGAGUCAAAGGUCAUCUUCCUGGAGAAGGGCCCUGACGGACGUCCGCAGUGGGAGGUGGAGGCGAAGGUGAUCCGUGACAGAGCUCAAGGAUGCAGUAUAGUGGUGGAGGUGCCUCCGUACCACAGCAAGGCCGUAGGCUCUGCCGUGCAGGUUCAAUUCUACGUGUGCAAUGGCAAGAGGAAAAGGAGCCAAUCCCAGCGCUUCACCUACCUGUCAGUCAUGGUGAAACAGGAGCUCAGAGAUGACCUGGACCACCCCUCCGUGCGGCCCCUGUCCAUGCCCAUGCCCAUGGCGCACGCUGCCAGUCUGGUGUGCACCCAGCUGCCUUCCCCGGAGCAGGGCCACCCCUCUGACGGCCUUCUGUCCGGCUCCCCCAGGGGCCUGGCCGCGGGCCCUGGCCCGGGCCUCCUGCCCCUGCAGGGCCCCUGCCCUUCCCUGGGCUCCCCGUCUUUCCAGCACCUGCCUCAGCUCCAGGGCCGAGGAUUACACCACGCCCCCGCCGACUGCCACAUGACCUUUCAGCCCGGCUCCGCCCCCCACUCCCCCGCCCGGCCCUCCUACCAGCCCAUGCAGCACGGCCACGCCCACAGCCUGCCCUUCAACGGCCAGCACGGCCUGUCCCCCCAGGGCUACGAGCGGAUGCCCCCCUACCAGCAGGACCGCAGCACAGCACCCCAGCACACCAUGGACCUGGGGGGCAUGGGGGGCAUGGUGUACCCCAGCAACCCUUCCUCCUGCUCCUCCCCCUCCUCCGGCCCCGGCUCCACCAGCCCCAACCACCACGCCCCCUCCCCCCACAGCCAGCAGACCCUCCUGAGUCACUCCUCCUCCCACCUCCACACGAUGGGGGGCUACCACCCCGUCCAGGUGGGCUCCCCCGGCGGCCACCCCCAGGCCGGGCAGCCCCCCUCCCAGCAGCUGCAGCGGGCCAUGAGCUACCACCCCGUGGGCCAACGGUCGGCCUCCUGCCCCACGCCCUCCAGCGCAGCCCCGCCACAGCUGAUCCCCUCGCCCCAGUCGGGACCCCCCUCCCCCCAGGUGCACUCCCUGCCCUACCAGUCCCCCACCUCCCCCUCGCCCACCGCCGGGGGCAGCCCCCUAGGGAGACAGCCCUCCCCCCAGGCCAGCAGCCCCGUCAUGGCCAGCCUGUCCCCGGCGACCGCGGCGGGGCCCAUGAGCCACCCGCUGGCCCCCCAGGGCCCCUUCCCCCCGGACGUAGAGCGGCUGAGCAUCAAGCAGGAGCCCGAGGAACGGGAGCCCACCUUCCGCUCCAUAGGCCUGCAGGACAUCACGCUGGACGAUGUGAAUGAGAUCAUCGGCAGGGACAUGUCGGAGACGCCUGCGGCCCACCCGUCUCCAGACCCUCCACACGGCCAAUCCUAGCUGCCCCCCCCCUCAGCCUGCCCACCGGGCCGUGCAGCGAGGCAUCAUGUCCUCCGUCCCCCCGCGCUCCCCCGUACACCCCCCCCCCUCCCCUCCGGCAGCGGUGGACCCAGCCAGACCCUGAACAGACCCCCCCCACACACUCACACACACACACACACACACACACACACAGAUACACAGACUCUACGCGCCUGCAGACCUGCCAGAUCCCCAGGACGACGUAACCCAGUGUCGUCCUGCGAGAGCUCAUCUGCACGGAGGAACACGCCCACAACGUGCUUUCUGACCCCCGUGUGCAUGUACACGUGCACGUGCAGAGAGGAGGAGGAGGAGGAGAAGGAGGAAGAGGAGGAGGAGGAGGAGGAGGAGGAAGCUGCAGGCUGACUGACUGGGUGUUCAUAGUAUUAUAUCUCUGAUUAUGUCUCCGUCUUCCUCUCUGUCUCUCUCUCUCUCCGCGGUUCGUCCUUAGGCCCGCGCCUUAACCGUAUCACCACAUUAUGCAAGUCCCCCCCCCCCCCCUUUCCUCUAUUCGCCAUGUAUGCAAUCUCAAUAUACGCUCGGCCCAGGGUGGUCUACAGGGCAGCAGAACUGAGAACUGAGACCCCCCCCCUUUGUUCUGUCCCUGGAUGGAUGCCAGGGACAGCACCAAUCCAUCCAAACAACGGUUAAUUGUAACGGCUUACCUGAUUACCUGAAACGUUGCCAUGUGAGCCCAGUGACCUGUGCUCGGUUGCUGUUCUGUGGGGGGGGGGGGGGGGGGGGGGGUUUGGUGCCUGGCUAGUCAUUCAGUAGCCACAUACACACACAAACACACAACUCAAGGCAGAAACACCACAAACAGCACUGACCUUUCAGCAGUCAGACAGGUUUAAUGUUUAUCUAUGGGCCUAGGUUAACACGGCAGGGUGAUGGAACUCAAUGCAGAGUUCUGCAUUCAGGUCCGUCACCCUGCUAGUGUUGAGAGCGAGAGACAGUUCAAGAUGGCAACCAGUUGACGAAGGCCUGUGGAUGUCAGUUGGUUUAAUAAUAGCUUCUGUUUCUAAUGUAUUGCACACAGCUACGGCCUCGCGUGCAAAACAUUAAAAAACAAAACGUUGACACUGAAGUGAGAUUUCCAAAUGAUCUGGCUGAAUCCCUUUGAGUUCAGUGAGCGUCACUGAUGAUGUUUCUCCCCUGCGAAAGCGUCAACCCGCUCAUGGCCUGAGCAGCACGGGGCCUAGGGUGGCUUUCUGCUCUAGACUAGCAUCCCCAUGACAACAACAUUCCACUACUUUUAGUGACCUCUCCUCCCCCUCCAUGUAGAUACCUGUACAUUAACACAACCUUCCCUCCCUCCCCCUUUAUUAAAGCUCUCCCCUCCCACAUGUUUUUAUUUUUAUAACUUUUCUUCAUUUUUAAGCGAACAAAUGCCUUAUUAACACUUAGCAGCAGCAGAAGCAUUUGAUGCUAGGUGCCUGACCUCCUAGGGGCCAAGGUGGAGUCCUCAGUGUGGACUGACUGUAGAUGCUUCCGGAGCCUUCUAGUCUCUAGUUCAUGUGUCGCUGUUUCUGCCAUAGAUUGAAUGGUUUAUGAGGGAUAUGAUCUCACAAUGGAUUUUAAUAUGCCCUGAAUUAUGUAUUCAAUAUAUAACGUUUGUUUAGAUUCUCCUUUGAAUGGCCCAACAGAGAGACAACCUCUCACACACUUCAAACCCCAAAACAAAAGAUAAGAUACUGUAAUUAUGACAGAUGAGCGGUUUGGAUAUUUCGCUUCGCAAUAUUCCCAAUUUCGGGAAACAAAAAGGUAUGUCUACAAAACUUAAAUGUAUUAAUCCACUGAUAUUAAUCGUAUAUUGGCAAUCAAAUAAUUGACGAGUGAAGUCAGGAUCUUGAAUGUGUUUUACAGACAGGGUGAGAAAGUGCAGACAAACGGUAGAUGGCCAUCGCAUCUCUGUUAGCCCUCUAACAACUCCUUACAUUAUAUGGACGUUUCUUUUUUUAUCUUAACCUUUGCUUAAACUAUAAUACGCUUGCAUGUGAUUUAUGAUACUUUACUUUAGUUGCUAUGGUCAUGUCCAGGUAACAAUGAUUCUGCUAUGCACUAAAACCUAUUGCCUUUAACAUGAGAGCGGAGAGGGAGACCUCAUUGCCUAUAGAUGUAGACUGUAAACAUGCGUUUUGGGUCGGCUUGUGAUGGAGAAAGCUGCUGGCUACAUAGGGAUUGUUGCAGUGUUUGUGUGUGUGUGCACACGCAUGGUUUAAUACCAAAUGUGCUGAAAAAAAUGAAAGGAAAAAAAAGAAAGGAAUAACGCAACAUUAAACCAAGCACAUUGAUCUUUUUUUUUUUUUAGGCUAUGCAAAACCACAAGAAGCCAGGGAUGUUUGACAUCGAAUAAAAACUGUAAAUAUUCCUAAUGAACUCCCUCAUGUGUAAAGGAUACACUUUAAAAGAGAGAGUAUAAAGUGACGGUGUGUCUGCGUGGUCAGGUAGAAUGCCUUAACUCCUCCUUGUACACCGGUUCCCUGAAGUCCGUAUUGUAUUCCCUUCCCAGAGUUCCGUCUCAGAAAUCAUUCAAUAGUAAUAAUAUGAAACUUUGUAAGAAUUGUAGGGAUUUGUUGUUCGGGGGGGUGGUGUGGAGAAAGGUGUCUUUUCGGAAUACGAGCUGGUGGUGUGAUCUGAAAGACUUCAGGAAUUAACGAAUAAUCAAUAUUGAUAUUAACAAACACCAGCAUUCACAGGAAGCGCUUGCUGCCGCGCUCUCCUCUGUUGUCACAACCAAAGAUUGAACCUUUGUUCCCAUUUGACACGAUGGUAAGAACAGCAAAGACUGCAGAACUCUAUUUUUGAUAUGUUUGAAAUGGAUGUCAUUCCUAAAAAAAAAAGAAAAGUUGGGGACAUUUAAAUAUAUAAAUAUAUAAAUACGUUUUUGUAAGAUAAAAGGGAAAUACAGGUUUAGCUGAUGUUUACCAAGCCUUGUUUUUUUUGUCAUUUCUUGUACAUUUUGUAUUUUAAACAUUUUUGUAAUUUUUAAGACUGCAGUGCUUUUUUGAAAGUAUUCAAAAUAUGCAUCAUAGGCUGUUAAGUUGUGUAUCAAUAAAAAAAAAUAAUGUUCAGUCA